AUGGUCCAAGACGUGAACGAGCUUGCUGUCAAUACCAUUCGUGCGCUUGCUGGUGAUAUGACCCGUGGUGCAAACUCGGGCCAUCCAGGUGCACCUAUGGGAUGUGCGCCCAUGGCCCAUGUACUCUUUACUCAAUUCUUGAACGUGAAUCCAAAGAAUCCUGAUUUUAUCGGUCGAGACCGCUUUGUGUUAUCCAAUGGCCAUGGUUGUGCAUUGCAAUACAUCCUCUUGCAUUUGCUGGGAUACGAUGUAUCCAUGCAGGAUCUCAAGAAUUUUAGACAAGUUGGGAGCAAGACACCUGGUCAUCCUGAAGCCACAGAUACACCUGGUAUCGAAGUCACCACAGGUCCUCUUGGUCAAGGCAUCUCCAAUGCUGUGGGUCUUGCUGCUGCUGAAGCUCAUUUGGCUGCCAACUACAACCGCCCUGAUUACCCAAUCUUUAAUAACUACACCUACACCAUCCUUGGUGAUGGAUGUCUUCAAGAAGGUGUGGCCGCUGAGGCCGUCUCAUUGGCAGGACACUGGAAGCUCGGCAAACUGAUAGCCUUGUAUGAUGCCAACAACAUCACCAUUGAUGGAAACAUUGGCAACUCGUUCACAGAAGAUGUAGGAAAGCGUUUUGAAGCCUAUGGAUGGCAUGUGCUUGAGGUACAAGAUGGCAAUCAUGACCUUCCCUCCAUUGCCAAAGCGAUUCAAGAGGCUCAGGCUGUAACCGACAAGCCUACCAUUAUCAAGAUAAAGACCACAAUUGGCUAUGGGUCAUUGAUUGAAAACAAUGAAAAGGUUCAUGGUUCGCCUCUCACAGACGAAGAUUUGGUACAACUCAAAAAGAAAUUUGGAUUGAACCCUGAGGAAAAGUAUCAGGUGCCUCCCUCGGUGUACGAACUUUAUGCAGCACGUGCCAAACAGGGUCAAGAAUAUGAAAAUGCAUGGACAGCUUUAUUUGAAAAGUAUGCUCAAGCGUAUCCAAAGGAAGCUGCAGAGGUUCGUCGUCGUUUUGCUGGCGAGUUACCAGAAGGGUGGGAGUCCGCUUUGCCUCGUUUUACACCCAAUGAUGCCGCCUUAGCCACACGCAAGUCGUCCGAAGUGGUCUUGAAUGCGAUUGCCAAUGGUCUUAUUCCAGAUUUUACCAGUGGUUGUGCUGAUCUUUCAACAUCCACGCUUAAUCGAUGGAAGACGGCUGUGGAUUUCCAACAUCCAUCUACAGGCCUUGGUGAAUAUGGUGGCCAAUAUUUCCGCUAUGGUGUACGUGAGCAUGGCAUGUUUGCUAUCAUGAACGGCAUGGCGCAUUAUGGUGGUAUUAUUCCUAUUGGUGCCACGUUCCUCAACUUUUUGACCUAUGGUUGGGGCAGUGUACGCCUUGCAGCGUUAUCACAUUUGGGCGUGAUUUAUAUCAUGACGCAUGACUCGAUUGGUCUUGGUGAAGAUGGGCCUACACAUCAGCCUAUUGAGAUAUUGGCAUUGACACGUGCCACUCCUAAUAUGCUUACCUUCCGCCCUGGUGAUGCUAAUGAAGUGGCUGGUACAUGGGCGAUGGCACUCAAGAAUCGUCAUCGACCUGCUGUGUUUUGUCUUUCACGUCAACCCGUACCCAAUUUGGAAGGAUCAUCACUAGAAGCAGUUGCCAAAGGUGCCUAUGUAUUGCAAGAUGCGAAUGAUGCCAAGGUCGUCUUGGUGGGUACUGGAUCCGAAGUAUGUAUUGCUGUGGAGGCUGCAAAGGAACUCGCUGCCAAGGGUAUUCCAGCUCGUGUUGUAUCCAUGCCAUGCACUGAACUUUAUGAGGAACAACCCGACGAUUACAAACAAAAAGUGUUCCCUCCCAAUUUACCUAUCGUCUCUGUUGAGGCUUUAGGCGUGAGAGGUUGGGACAGGUAUGCACACGCUCAUGUUGGCAUGAAAGGAUUCGGUGCUUCAGGACCCUACAAGGAUCUCUACAAGAAAUUCAACAUCACUUCAGAAGCUGUCACUGCCAAAGCAGAAAAGGCCAUUGCCCAUUUCCAGAAACUUGGCUAUGUACCCCAACUCGGUGUAGAAAUCUAA